AUGAGAAGAACAAGGCCGGAGUUUCGCCGGCCAGUGAGGCGGCGGUGGUUUCCGAAUGUGUUUUGGUUGACAUUAUGUGGAUUUGUGGUUUUGGUGUUGAUCGUUUUCUUAACUCGAGAGAGCGCCAAACCUGCAUCCAGAUCGGUGUUAUCUAAGAGAACUUACAGGCAGGUAAUGACCAUGGAGAGCCUUAAUGUUACAGAUGAAAUGUUAAAUCCUGACUCAAUCACACGGCAACUCACUGAUCAAAUAUCACUAGCUAAGGCGUAUAUUGUGAUCGCUAAAGAAAGCAACAACCUUCAAUUCGCAUGGGAAUUGAGCACACAAAUUCGCAACUCCCAGAUCCUUCUUUCAAAUGCUGCAUUAAGGCGAUCUCCAUUAACUCUUGGGGAAUCAAAUACCGCUGUUAGAGAAAUGGCAUUCUUGCUUUUUCAAGCGCAACAACUCCAUUAUGACAGUGCCACAAUGAUCAUGAGACUUAAAGCCAGAAUCCAAGAGCUUGAAGAACAAACGAGUUCCGUUACCGAUAAAAGUAGCAAAUACGGGCAAAUAGCUGCCGAAGAAGUCCCGAAGAGCUUAUACUGUCUUGGUGUCCGUUUGACAACUGAAUGGUUCAAUCUUUCGAAGUUGCAGCAAACAGUAUUCGAAAAGACCCAAAGCGGAAUUAAGCUGAAAGACAACAGCCUCUAUCAUUUCUGCAUCUUUUCCGACAACAUUCUUGCAACUUCGGUCGUGGUAAACUCGACGGCAUUAAACUCACAAAACCCAGAUCGGAUCGUGUUCCAUCUUGUAACCGAUGAAGUGAAUUUUGCGGCAAUGAAGGCUUGGUUCACGAUGAACAGAUUUCGCCAAGUGACGGUUGAUGUGCAGAAGUUUGAGGAUUUCAGCUGGCUGAAUGCUUCUUACGUUCCGGUUCUCAAACAGCUCCAAGAUUCCGAUACCAAAAACUAUUACUUCUCCGGAAACAACGAUGGUGGGAAGACUCCGAUCAAGUUCCGAAACCCGAAAUAUCUAUCGAUGUUGAACCAUUUACGGUUUUACAUCCCAGAAGUUUUUCCAGCACUCAACAAGCUCGUGUUUCUUGACGAUGAUGUUGUGGUUCAAAAGGAUCUCGCGGGUCUAUUUACCGUCGAUCUGAACGGAAACGUCAAUGGUGCAGUGGAAACAUGUAUGGAGACGUUUCAUCGAUACCACAAAUACUUGAACUACUCUCACCCGCUCAUAAGAUCACAUUUUGAUCCCGACGCCUGUGGUUGGGCAUUCGGGAUGAACGUUUUCGAUUUGGUCGAGUGGCGGAAACGGAACGUUACGGGGAUUUACCAUUACUGGCAAGAAAAGAACGUGGAUCGGACGUUGUGGAAACUGGGUACGUUGCCACCAGGACUUCUUACGUUUUACGGGUUAACCGAACCGCUGGACCCAAACUGGCAUGUUCUUGGUUUGGGCUACACCAAUGUCGAAGAGGACGUGAUAGAAAAUGGAGCUGUGUUACAUUUUAAUGGGAAUUUAAAGCCAUGGUUGAAGAUUGGAAUGGAUAAAUACAAGCCUUUUUGGGAGAAAUAUGUUGAUUAUAGUCAUCCCAUGUUGGAGCAAUGCAAUUUUCGCUGAACCGACUCUUUUCAGAGUACCACUGAGAAUUUUUCUGUCUGUUAUUUUUAAUGCCUGAUAGAAUUAGUUGAGGUACACACAAGCUGACCUAGAUAUUUAUGAUUACAGAAAAGAAAAUUUGUUAGACUUUUAUGUGGAAAGUCAAUCAU